AUGGCCGCUGCAGUCUCCCGCCAUCGUUGCUUGAACGGGCUUCCAUGGUCAUCUCCAUUCAAGGUCUAUCUUCCGUCUACUUCGACAACCCCGUCACGGCCAUUCGCCACUACGACCGAUGACCUCCCCACCAGCAAACCUCGAGUGCGCGCGACCACCUUCGCCGACAAGCUCAAUGUCGGCCCAUCCUUUUCAGAUUUCGUGUCCGGGAAAGAACCGCAGUUGGAGGCUUCAGAAGCGUACGCCUUGAAGACCGCCCUCGUGGGUCCCAAGGGAAAACAGAAACAAAUCACCCGCCUGCCGUCGUGGCUGAAGACGCCGAUUCCCGACAGCUCCUCGUACAAGAAGAUUAAAAAUGAUUUGCGCGGCUUGAAUUUGCAUACUGUGUGUGAAGAGGCCCGAUGUCCCAAUAUUUCGGAUUGCUGGGGCGGGAGCAGCAAGUCCGCAGCCACGGCGACGAUCAUGUUGAUGGGCGAUACCUGUACGCGGGGGUGUCGGUUCUGCAGCGUCAAGACCUCCAAAGCACCUCCGCCGUUGGAUCCGCACGAACCUGAACACACGGCCGAGGCGCUUUCACGAUGGGGGUUAGGGUACGUUGUCCUGACCAGCGUCGACCGAGACGAUCUGGCGGACGGAGGAGCGCACCACUUUGCGGAGACGGUGCGCAAGAUAAAAUCCAAAGCGCCGACCAUCUUGGUCGAGUGCCUUACGGGCGACUACGCGGGGGACUUGGAGAUGGUCAAAUUAGUUGCAACCUCGGGGCUGGACGUGUAUGCGCACAAUGUCGAGACAGUCGAGGCCUUGACACCCCAAGUGCGCGACCGCCGCGCCACGUUCCGGCAAUCACUCAGCGUGCUCAAGGCCGCCAAAGCCGCACAACCGGGCCUGAUCACCAAGACAUCCAUCAUGCUCGGGCUCGGCGAGACCGAGUCCCAACUUUUCGAGACGUUGAAGGAGCUGCGCGCCGUCGACGUCGACGUCGUCACUUUCGGCCAGUACAUGCGUCCGACAAAGAGACACAUGCCCGUGCACGAGUACGUCACACCCGAUGUCUUUGAGCAGUGGCGCGUCCGGGCGCUGGAGAUGGGAUUCCUGUACGUGGCGAGCGGGCCACUCGUGAGAAGCAGUUAUAAAGCUGGGGAAGCGUUCAUUGAGAAUGUGCUCAAGAAGAGGAGGGCCGGGAGGGGAGAGACGGCGAAUGCGGAUUUGGCGGGGGAUAUAGACCUGACGGAUGUGAAUGAUGUGAAGGUUGGGCAGAUUUGA